AGCUGAGGUUGAGCCUUAACAAGCAGAGCAUAAAUAGACAAGACAACCCAUAGUGUUUUUUCUCACAGCUACUCAUUGAUUCUUCAAACACUAAGAUGAAGCAACAAAGUAGAGUUAAGUUCUUGUGGCUAUGCUUGUUUCUAUGGAUCGCGUGUGGAUCCAUUAACGGAGGAGAUGAUUUAACUCAAGAGUGUUCAGAGGUUGUUCAGAAGGUUAUUCCCUGUUUGGACUUUGCCGCAGGAAAAGAAGCAACGCCGAAGAAGGAAUGUUGCGAUGCAGCUACAGUGAUAAAAGACACGAAACCUCAGUGUUUAUGCUUCAUCAUUCAAGAGACACAUAAGGGUAGUCCUUCCAUCAAAAACUUGGGCAUUCAAGAAGCUAAGCUUCUUCAACUUCCUGAUGCUUGCCAUGUUAAAAACGCUAGCGUCGCUAACUGUCCUAAGCUUCUUGGUCUGCCUCCAAGUUCCCCGGAUGCUGCAAUCUUCACAAAUUCCUCUAAGGCAACUCCUGCAAGUGCAACCCCACAAGGUACCUCACAGAGCCAAAACAGUUCGUAUGGAAGUAUGGUUAGACCUGGCAUGGUGAUGGAUGUGAUGAUGGUGACUUUGGCCAUUGUUCUCAUUGCAAUUCCAACCGGAUUUAUGAGCAUUUAUACAUGAUCUGUUAAUGUUAUCUGUAUGUAGGAAGUUGCAGCUUUGAAUUGGUUUGCAUUUGUGGCCUGUGAUGGUUUCUUGAAUUUUGGGGAUCUCGCCUUAACAUUGUCUUUAUUUUUCUUUUAUUGCCAACUUGUUUCUUUUCUGCUUCCCACAAUUAAUAUUUAAUAGAUUAUUGGUGGAAGACUGAAACAUAGUCAA